UCUCUCUCUCUCUCUCUCUCUCUCUCUCUCUCUCUCUCUCUCUCCACUUUACAAUUAAAUCUACCUAAAAUCUCUCUGCUACUUGUGUACAAUAGUUCAUCAAUGGAGGGAAAGCAGAUUGCAGUUGUACCAGAAACUCCCAUUAAUGAAUCCCUACAGGAAACAGUUCAAUCAAAAACUCCCAUUAGUAAAGAAGCUACUGUUGCUGUAGAACCAGAAACACCGCCGCUACUAAUUCGACCAACAAUUGUUCUUCAAAAUUCUCCAAUCAAAAGUGGGAAUACCCCUGAUCGCCUUAAGCUCCCUAAGCCAUUCAAAUACCCUGAAAGGUACACAAGUCCAACUGAUCAAAUGAUGUCCCCUGUUUCGAAGAGGCUUCUAAUUGGUAGAAAUAGAAAGGCCAGCACACUAUUGCCAUUGCCACCCUCCAAAAAUCGACCACAUCAUCAACCUAUGGUUCAAGGUUUACAGCUUCAGGAGUCUGGUCUUUGUCAACGUUUGAAUUGCUGAUAUUGGGAUUAUUCAUUUUUAUGACUUCCAUCAAUAUUAUUGUAGCUUCUAAGUCUACUAAGUGAUUUUACCUUUACAAAUCCUCCUGUAAUGCGAAAAGAAUAUGCUUUUAUAAAUAUAAAUAUGUAAACUUUGACCGCAAAAUUCUUGGCUUGGUCACUGAGUUGAAUAUAAAGUUUCCUUGUCUCCGGCCAUGCUAAAAAAGU